UGCGGGGCCGGGCCGGGCGGAGCUCCGAGCCGUGCCGUGCCGAUCCGAGCCGUGCCGAGCUGUACCGGGCCCGGAAGGCGCCAGGCGGGGGCGGAGCGGGGCGCAGCCGCGGGGUCCGUGUCGGUGCCGGCGGAGCGCCCGGAGCUGAGCUCGGCGACUAUAAGACCCAGAUAUGUCCUUCAUAUUUGAUUGGAUUUACAGUGGUUUCAGUAGCGUAUUACAGUUUUUAGGACUGUACAAGAAAUCAGGCAAACUAGUUUUUCUUGGAUUGGACAAUGCUGGAAAAACUACGCUGCUGCACAUGCUCAAAGAUGACAGACUGGGACAGCACGUCCCCACACUACACCCCACUUCAGAGGAGCUGACAAUUGCUGGCAUGACUUUCACUACCUUUGAUCUGGGUGGACAUGCUCAAGCUCGCAGAGUGUGGAAAAACUAUCUGCCAGCUAUUAAUGGCAUUGUGUUCUUGGUGGACUGUGCAGAUCAUGAAAGACUGCUCGAAUCAAAAGAAGAACUUGAUUCACUAAUGACAGAUGAAACUAUUGCUAAUGUGCCUAUCCUAAUCCUUGGUAAUAAGAUUGACAGACCUGAAGCCAUCAGUGAAGAGAGGUUACGAGAGAUGUUUGGUCUGUACGGCCAGACAACAGGAAAGGGCAGUAUACCAUUGAAAGAAUUGAAUGCAAGGCCACUAGAAGUGUUCAUGUGCAGCGUGCUAAAGAGACAAGGCUACGGAGAAGGAUUCCGUUGGAUGGCACAGUACAUUGAUUAACGCCAAAAUCACAUUAGUACUUUCUGUCCCAUGUCUAAAUAUUAAGUCUGCUCCUUCUCUGAUCACUCAGUGUACGUAACUUGAAUUCAUUUGACUGUUUAGUUAUAUAAGCAUACAUUUUUACAUAAUUAUACCACCUAUGCUAAAUUGUAAGUGUGAGGAUUGAAAAAUUAUUUCAAGCAAGUUUGUAAGUUUAAGUACCACAACUUUUUAGCUUUCUAAUCCCAUACAACAUUCUUUUGCAACUUUUAAUUUAACAAAUCUCCAGCACCAUUUUUGGACAGAGCAACUUUCCAGUACAGUAUGUUUGAAUGCACUUUUUAACAGCUAAAAACUACAGACAUGUGAAAAAUAUUUAAUGCUUAUCAUGUUAAAUUUUUUUAUGUACUUUUUUGAAACUGGUUUUAUAACUUUAGAGUAUAUAACCAUCUUUCAACGAAUAAUAAAUAAUUAGCUGAUGGAUAAUUGCAUGAUGCCUUACAGUUUUCAAUAAUAUACUUUCUUAUGCAACGUCAUGCAAUAAAUUUAAAUCCAGUUUUUGGCGACUUUAA